AUGAGGUACAUGACAGCGCGAUCGAUAGCGAUGCUUCUUCUUAUGUUGGACAAAUUGCUGACGGAAAGAAUAGGUAUUAACAAUUAUUUCCGACUGUUCAACGACGUCCACAGAUAUUAUCGCACGUCCUGCGUUAUUUUCGUGCGAUCUGGCAACUCCGAUUUGAGCACGACGACAUUGGUGCACAUGUGGUCGCGGGAAUUCUCACGACAACGAGUCAUGACCAUGAUGACAACUUUCUCGGAUCUGACGAGCAAGUACAAUAAAUACCAGGAAAAUGUCACGCGGCCUUUGUUCGUUGUUCUUCUCGAAAUCGGAGAAACUAUGGCCGAGUUCGCUAAAACCACGAGAAGCAUAAGGCCCAUCUCCUUCCCCAUCUGGUUUGUCGUGUUCCUUCAAUGUCCUGGAAAUCCCCUCGAGGAGCACUGUACGCAACCUACCGAUAACCCUCCUGGUCAUGUCAAAGAUCCAGUGUUUUUAAAAAUGUAUAAGUUAUUGGAGAAAAAGAAGUUUUUACCGGAAUUACCACUGGACGGGUUCAAGCAAAUCUGCCAGCAGAAGAACUUGGCAUUUUACAUAUCGGAAAUAGUCAAAGAACACUUCAACAUGUAUAUACAAUGUAACCUUGUAUACAUUGAUACCAAAAGAAUCCAAAAUAUAGGGAUAACGCUAUCAAAAGGAAAUCCUUACACUGACUUUAUAAAUUAUCACUUGCAGCGAUUUCAGAGUAAUGGCGUUAUGAACAAAUUGCGAGACAAGUAUCUCGCAAAAAAUCCCUCGAAUAAGAUGACUUAUUAUGUAAUCGAUAUAAAUGAUGUAACGCCGGUUCUGACGAUGAUAAUGGGCAGUAUGGUUCUGGCACUAUUUAUUUUGAUAAUCGAAAAAAUGUAUUAUUUGUCUAAAUUUCGAUCUAAGAACAAGAAAUCAUCUGUUAAAAAAUUGAGUUACAAUCUUAGCGUAAAGAAUAAUCUGUGAAAGGGAUUACAACGAGAAGAUUUUACAAUUUCAAGGAUUUUAUAAUAGAUUGAUUGACUAUUGGCCACAAUAAAUGAAUGAACCGCUAUAAAUUUUAUAAGGAUUUUUUGUAUAUGAAUUUACAAUUUUCAUAAUUAACUUAAACAUCACAUAAUUAUAUUUUUUUUAUAAUUCUCAUGCAUAAGAAUAAGAGUGAAAUAAAGAUCUGAUGUAUUAUACAAUUUAGAAAUAUUUUAAUCUUUGUGGAACUAGAUUUUAGUCAAUCUUUUUACUAUUUAUUGAAAUUUAUGACAAUUUUUUUAUAUAAUUAUAUUA